AUGUUUUCUGUUAGUUCACGUCAUGCAGUUAUGUAUGAAAUUGGAGCUGUUUCAACAAGUGCUUGUUCAUUAUGGCGUAUUGAACAUAAGAAAACUAAAUGGAGUGCUGGUUUCUUUUCAUGGGGUUCUGAAAUUCGUUUAAGGCAUGUAACUACUGGUCGUUAUUUGGGUGUAUUACCCAGUGAGGCUAAUGGAAGCGGACAUUGUGAUGUUGUAACUUUAUCAGCACAUGAAGCAACAAAUGCUGCUUCAAUCUUUUUGAUAAGACCUACUAAAGAUGAUAAAAAACGUUCAGAAGAACAUGAAGCUGAAGGUAUGGGUGAACCAGAUCUUAGAUUAGGUGAAACACUAACCUACCUUCAACAUGCAGCAUCCGGUCGAUGGUUAUCCUAUGAAGCAUAUGAAACACGUAAACGUGGUGUUGGUCGUGUAGAAGAAAAAAAAGCUGUCCUAUUAAUUGAAGGUCAUAUGGAUGACUUAUUUAGUUUAGUAAGAGCACAAGAUGAAGAAAUUAGAUCAGCAUCAGCAAUACGUCGUUGUACAUCCGUGUUUAAUAAUUUUAUACAUACAUUGAAUUAUAUAUCAUCACCGCAAAACAUUACUUUACCAUCACAACAAAGUCAAUAUAAUUUAAGCAGUGGACAUUUAUUAGGUGAAGUAACUCAAUGUUUAGAAGAUUUGAUAGAAUUUUUCGCUCAACCCAAUCCACAUGAAGAACAUGAAAUUCAACAAUCUAAAUUGACUGCUUUAAGAAAUCGUCAAAAUUUGUUUCAGAAUGAAGGUAUGAUUGGGCAUGUAUUAAGUACGAUAGAAAAAUUCACUGGGACAUUUCAAACACGUCGAGAGUUUUCACAAGCUGUUGGUGAAGAUAAAGCUGAUCAGUUUGAUGAGUUGGGUAAUUAUUUAUACUUAUUACUAGCUGCACUUAUUCGUGGAAACCGUGAAAAUUGUGCACAGUUUGCUACACCUACACGAUUGGAUUGGCUUUUCAAUAGGCUAGAGUUACAACAAGGUUUUGCUGAAGGUGUUUUGGAUGCUUUACAUUGUGUUCUAACUGACAGUGAUGAAGCUUUGUAUUUGAUAACGGAGCGUCACAUACGCACACUGAUUGGGCUACUUGAUAAACAAGGUCGUGAUCCAAGGGUACUACAAGCAUUAUGUUCAUUGUGUUUAGGACGUCAAGGUGGAGCUGUAAGAUUAAAUCAAGAGUUGAUAUAUGAAACUUUAUUGCCACAAAAAGAUUUAUUAUUACAAACAAAAUUAGUUGAUCAAUGUGGAUCAGUUAGACCAAAUAUAUUCGUUGGUUAUAAAGAUGGUGGAGCGAUGUAUCCAAAGUGGUAUUUUGAAGUAAUUAUUGAUUCUCUUGAAACGGUUACACAUCAACCAGCGAAAAUUCGGGUUGGUUGGGCUAAUACAGAAGGCUAUAAUGCUCACCCCUGUGGCGGACCUGGUUGGGGUGCUGCAGGUUUAGGCGAUGAUCUGUUUAGUUACGCGUUUGAUGGAAGUUGUUUAUGGGCUGGUGGUAAACCAAAACGGGCUACAAUCGGAACAGAUGAAACAACAAACGAAGAAGCAACAUCUAACGUACCUUUGAAACGUGGUGAUAUCAUUGGAUGCUUAUUGGAUUUAACUGGACCUGUUAUUCAGUUUAAUGUGAAUGGACGUCUAGUUAGGGGAUACUUUCAGGAUUUCAAUAUAACCGGUUUGUUCUAUCCAUGUAUGAGUAUGAAUGCAAAAGCUAGUGCAAGAUUUCUUUUAGGAUCAAAUCAAGGUCGUUUACACCAUGGUCCUCCACCUGGUUACUCACCAAUAUGUUAUGCUCGACAACCAGGACAGAAACUUCGUCUUGAACCUGUAUUCACAUUUGGUCAACUUGAAAAAUAUGUAUUCACUGGUCCAUUGAAUUCACCAACACCACAACAAUAUGUAUUUGUACCAAGAACAGUACGUACUUCACAUAUUCAACUACCAAAUUAUGUGGAAAUUGUUCGUGAUAGACUAGCUGAGAAUCUACAUGAAAUGUGGUCUAUGCGUAAAAUUGAUCAAGGCUGGAAAUAUGGUGAACGUCGAGAUGAUGAGAAUAAUCUUCAUCCUUGUUUGACUACAUUUGAUAAAUUGCCACCAUCAGAUAGGCAAUAUAAUGUAACACUUGCCUAUGAAACAUUAAGAACAAUAAUUGGUUUAGGUUAUAAUAUUACUUAUGAACCAUUACCUGAAGGUACAAGAAUGCGAACAAUGAAACUAUCAACCAACUUUACUCAAGUGAAUGGUUAUAAACCUCAACCAUUGGAUUUGUCACAAAUUCGUUUAUCUGUACGUUUAGAAGUAUUAGUUGAUCAGUUGGCUGAAAAUACACAUAAUAUGUGGGCACGUGAUCGUAUUGCAUUAGGAUGGACUUAUGGUUUUGUUGAAG